AUGGCCGCAGCACCCCGCGAAGGCCAGGCAUGGUUCCUAAAAUCCAGUCUCAAGAGCCCAGGCUACGAUGGCUCGAAGUCGGAUGACUUUUACUCGUGGAUGCUGCUCGAGGUCGUCUACAACAACAGCGAGGACGAAGCUUCGAAUGGGCCGCCUCCGCUUCAUUAUCCAAACCAUCCACGUACUGGGCAGCAGGUGUUCCAGGGUGGCUCGCUGCCUGUUCUUUUUAGCCACUAUGAGUUCACGUCUUAUAGCCGCUAUGAGUUCAUGUCUGUCAUGUACGGCCCCAGCGCAGAAGAUAUCAAACGCACGUAUCGUAUCAAGAGCAAUAUCAUUCGUAGCCAGCUACAUCGCCAGACGGGCAACCCCAGUGUUUGCUACAUCGCAGUGCCUUUGCCAAAGCCAGAAGAACGCUUCAUGUGGAUUGAUUUAACAUAUCCCGUCAGAGCUUUCAUGAUACCCAGUGCCCACACGGCUCAUCCCCAAUACACGGGACAUGCAAUCUUCUCACGUCUCGAUGUUCGCGGCCGCAAGGGCUUGCCAGCAGCAUAUAGACUCAAGGGCCAAUAUCAGAAGGAGAUCGAUGAAUUGAAAAAUAAAAUCAAGAAGUGGGACAGCUACAGACCCCAUAACUUCCGGUGGGUAAGGCAGCAUAAUAUGUUGGUGGCUAAGCACAACAAGGUGUGGGACCGCAUGAAGGAGGCUGGCCCCGAGGGCGAGGCAGAGUCGGAGCCUGGGCUCAAGCCUGAUUACCGCAAGCCUGAUGGGAAGGUGCCAAGUCAAGUGUAUGCCCGGGUCCCCUUUGACAAAUCGCUUACUUAUGAGCCAUAUGGCUGGGGAUUGUUGCCAGACUGGACUGUGCGAAUUGAUGUGCUUGAACUGGGACAUCAGCUCCUGAUACCAUGGAGUCGGCGCACGGAAGAGUACCGCAACAUAUAUGCAUGUUUUGCCUUGUUUGAUAGGCGGGCUGUGCAUGGGUCACCAGCCAUCGCGGACUUUGAUAUGGCCCAGGCUAUUGAUCUCGCCCAAGCGCAGUCAGCCGAGCAAGGGGUCAAGUUGAAAUACGAGGCAGACGAGCCGGAUGAGAAGUUCAUAACAGAUCUGCUUGUCGGCUUUGUUGCGGUGGGGCUUGGUCUUAUUCCUGCUGUUGGACCUUUGGUGGCGUUUGGCUGGAGUAUUAUGUAUGAGGUAAUGACAGAUACGGACAAAUUCAUAAAGGCAGCAGGGGUUGGUGGUAAGGCACCUGCUCUGACGCAGGCUUUGGUGGAUUCCCGGGAGACAUUCAAACCGAUGAUGAAAGCUGCAGGCAAGAGCCUGUUCAAGCUGCACCAGGAACAGGGCGACAAGCGGCCCAUCCGCAUCGAUGCCGGCGAAGGAAAUGAACAGGAAAACUCUCAACAGCAGUCAGAGACUGACAAGAAUGGGGAUGGGAACCCUGCUGAGGGCAGCGAAGUUGGUAAUGAGAAGGUCGACUUAGACAGCGAGACAGUUGGUCAAAAAGAUGACUCGGGCCCGUUCCGGUUUAUCAUCCCUGCUGGAGAAGUGGAGGUGGUUGAUGGCAAGGCCAAGUAG